AUGGACUACAAAUNGCUUCGGACUUGUGAUUCUGCUUUGAGCACUCCUGAGAGUGCUCUCAAGAGUCCUUUGAGCACUCCUGAGAGGACAAACACUCAAUCAGUGCCCUUGCCAGCCACAGAGACUUCUGACAAUAAAGGAGGUGUGCCUAUUGAAACCAAAGGGUGGAAUUCCUUACAUUCUGCAGCUGAGAGUGGUAAUGAAGGGAUCAUUGAGAUGUUGCUGUCUUCUGGGUUAGACAUAGAUUCAAGGGGUAAUGAUGGCACAACACCAUUAAUGGUGGCAGCUGCGGCUGGAAAAGAGGAGACAGUGAACCUUUUUCUUACCAAAGGAGCAGAUCCACAGCUUAAAAACUACACAGGAAGAAAUCUGCUUCAUGCAGCAGCUGAAGGUGGCAACACUUCCAUUGUGGAGAGUAUGCUUUCUUAUGGCAUCGACAUUGAUUCUAGAGAUGAUGAAUGCUCAUCCACCUCAUUGAUGAUAGCUGCUAAGUUGGACAAUGUAGAAGUUAUGAAAUAUCUUCUCGAAAAGGGUGCAAAUCUGUCUUUGACAACAGGAUCUACCAGGAGGAAUGUUUUACACAUAGCAUCUCAGUACGGAAGUGUUGCAGCAAUUCAGUUGCUGCUCUCUUCUGGUUUAAGCCUUGAUUCAAGAGAUAGUGAGGGAAACACGCCAUUAGCCUGUGCUGCAGCUUGUGGACAGAUAGAGGCUGUAAAUUGCCUUCUUGAACAUGGAGCAGAUCCAUCACUAAAAGGGCAAGAUGGAUGGAGCCUUCUCCAUUUUGCUGCUCAGUCUGGCAAUGUCACCAUCAUUGACACCAUGCUUUCUAAAGGUCUUAAUAUUGAUUCUAGAGGCGAAACUUUAGGUUUAACCCCAUUAUUGGUUUCCCUUAUAAAUGACAAAUUGGAGGCAGCAAAGCACUUAAUUGAGAAGGGUGCUAAUGUAUCUUUGAAAUUCAAUGCAGAAAUGAAUGCUUUGUCAAUUGCAGCCUUAACUGGUUCUGUUGCAGCCAUUAAAAUGCUGCUUUCACAUGGUUUAUACAUUGAUUCUAGAGAUGCUGAUGGAAACACGCCAUUGUUGAUGGCUGCAAUGUGUGGAAAUACAAAGGCUCUAAACUAUCUUCUGGCUGAAGGUGCAGAUCCAUUACUUCAAAAUAAUAAAGAAUUUGGUCUCCAUUCAGCUGCUCUUUCUAACGAUGUUGCCACUAUUGAGGCAGUGCUCUCUAAAAAGUUUGACAUAAAUGUUAGAGGUAGUUGCAUGAGUUUAACACCACUACUGGCUUGGCUGAGUAAGGGCAAUUUGAAGGCUGCUAACUAUCUGCUCCAGGUGUACAACUGGGAUGAGCCUUGUCGUUUCCUUGAUAAGAUGAAUGAACUUGUAUUUGGUAAGUCUUCUCAUUUUGUGCACUAGACUGGCAGAAGUUUU